UCAGAACAGUCUAUAGCACCAUAUAUUUUGAUUAAGAAGUAAAGCGAUAUGGGCAGUGGAGUUAGAAUCGAUGUAAAGUAUGUUGUUGUCCUUGUUGAGCAAGCGCUAUUUUCAUGAUGAUUCCAGGGAUUCCUAUGGAUUUACUGUGAGGCCUCAGCAUAUUCAAACAUAUCGUGAGUAUGCCAAUAUCUACAAGGAAGAAGAAGACGAGAGAUUGAAGAAGUGGAAGAACUUUAUCCAUCAGCAGCCAAUUUCAACAAGUGCCAGUAGUAGUAGUUCAGAUGAUAUCAAACCAGCAGUUUCCGGGGAUAUCGAACAGCCAAGUGAUUCUACUCAGAUUGACAGUGGAGAACAUUCAACUGAACUAAGUCCUCACUAUUCUAAACUUUCGGAAGAGGAAACCGAACUUCUUCAGACUCAAGAACAAGAUCUUACUAGUGGAGAAAAAGAUGAUUCAGCAGUAAUAAAGGUUGGGGAUGAUUCUCAAGUCACAGAAAGGAAAAGUGAUUUUGUUCAAAAUGACACUCAAGAAGAUGAUAGAGAUCCAAGUGGAGAAACAGAUGAUUCGAUUGAGCAAAAGCCAAGGAUUUCUGAGCUUUCAGAAAAUGAGGCCGAGUUCGUCCGAAAUGUGAGUGCCAAAGGUACUGAUACUCAGGAGCCAAGUCUUCCACCCAAAGCAACUCCAACUAAUCAACAAACCAAAUCCAGGGAGGUAAAGACAUGGUUUAAGAUUAGCCCAUCUCUCCAUUUGAUCGAGCAAAUGAUGAGCGCCCGCAUAAAGAAGAACGAAAAAAUAAAAAGUUUGCACAAUAAUCUUCCAUCUAUCAAUGAGUCUGAUGAAGACAAGGAAGAAGCAUCCAAUGAUAAUGCAGCGGGAAAUAACACCUAUGAUAAAUUAUCCCAAGAAUCUGAUUUCCCAUGGAAAGAAUUGGAGUGUCUUGUACAAGGGGGAGUGCCUAAAGAUCUUAGAGGAGAGGUGUGGCAAGCUUUUGUUGGUGUGAGAACACGCCGGGUUAAAAGAUAUUACCAAGAUUUGCUGGAUAUUGGAUGUGAUGAUGAAUUACCUGAGAAGUUGAAAAAGCAGAUUGAGAAGGAUCUGCCUCGAACAUUUCCUGGUCACCCUGCACUAAAUGAUACUGGCAGAAAUUCACUGAGACGUGUACUCUGGGCAUAUGCACUCCAUAACCCCUCUGUCGGAUAUUGCCAGGCUAUGAACUUUUUUGCUGGUUUAUUUCUUCUGAUGAUGCCGGAAGAAAAUGCCUUUUGGAGCAUUCAUGUCUCAGGGUAUGCAACGGGUAAAUCGAGCGGGCAGUUGAUUAUCUGGUUGUCUCCAGUUGAGAAGCGGCUUGGAAAAGUUGACAAUAGAUCCACUGUGGUUGUUCCUUGUUGCUGGACGCAUUUUCAAGUUGCUUGGUUGGGGAAUAAAGUUAGCGAAUGGUCUCCAGGUCUGAAAAGGCAUAGAGAACUUCAACUUGGAUCCUUUAGGCCUUUCAUAAAGUAG